GCCGCGUGGCGGGCGCGGCGCUACGAACAGGCGGCGACCCGCGCGGGGUAACUGGCUGCUUCUGCAGAGCCGGUGCCAGCCGCGAGGACAGUGGGCGCGGGCCUCCGGACACCAUGAGCGUGGGCUUCAUCGGGGCUGGCCAGCUGGCCUUUGCCCUGGCCAAGGGUUUCACAGCAGCAGGCAUCCUGGCUGCCCACAAGAUAAUGGCCAGCUCCCCGGACAUGGACCUGGCCACCGUUUCAGCCCUCAGGAAGAUGGGAGUGAACCUGACGCCCCACAACAAGGAAACUGUGCAGCACAGCGACGUGCUCUUCCUGGCGGUGAAGCCGCACAUCAUCCCCUUCAUCCUGGAUGAGAUUGCUGCCGACAUUGAGGAUCGGCACAUCGUGGUGUCCUGUGCAGCUGGCGUCACCAUCAGCUCCAUCGAGAAGAAGCUGACGGCGUACCAGCCAGCCCCCAAAGUCAUCCGCUGCAUGACCAACACGCCGGUCGUGGUGCGGGAAGGGGCCACUGUGUAUGCUACGGGCACCCAUGCCCAGGUGGAGGAUGGCAGGCUCCUGGAGCAGCUCAUGGGCAGCGUGGGCUUCUGCACAGAGGUGGAGGAGGACCUGAUUGAUGCUGUCACGGGACUCAGUGGCAGUGGCCCAGCUUAUGCAUUCACAGCCCUGGACGCACUGGCUGAUGGGGGCGUGAAGAUGGGGCUUCCAAGGCGCCUGGCAGUCCGCCUUGGGGCCCAGGCUCUGCUGGGGGCCGCCAAGAUGCUACUGGACUCUGAACAGCACCCAGGCCAGCUCAAGGACAACGUCUGCUCUCCUGGUGGGGCCACCAUCCACGCCUUGCACGUGCUGGAGAGCGGGGGCUUUCGCUCCCUGCUUAUCAAUGCUGUGGAGGCCUCUUGCAUCCGCACACGAGAGCUGCAGUCCAUGGCUGACCAGGAGAAGGUCUCCCCAGCUGCCAUCAAGAAAACCAUCCUGGACAAGGUGAAACUGGACUCCCCUCCCAGCAACUCAUUGGCCCCUUCUGGCCACUCCAAGCUGCUGCCUCGCAGCAGGGCCCCGGCAGGCAAGAAGGACUGAGGUGUCUGACCUGCCUGCAGGCCACUCUCUGCCUUCUCCUGGGCUCAGAGCUCCUGCACUAGGAGUGCCUAGCCCCAGGCCUCACAGGGUGUCCUCACAUUGGCCCACUGUCCACACCUCUGGUCCACUUGGGCCAGCGGUGUCAUAGCCAGGGAGGGGGCACAUCACUUCCCAGUAGAAGCUUCCAUGAUCACUGGAGUGUGUCCUGGUCCAGAAUGAGGAAGGAUUCUCUGACCUCAGCCUCCCCUUCCUCUGCCCCCAAACCAAGUCAGGACCACCUCCCUUCAGAGCUCCGGAGGCUUGGGGGGCUUCACCCUCCAGUGUCUGCUGGCUUGGGCUUGAGUACAAAGGUCAAGGUCCCCCCCCCCCCAGCCCAAAGAGAGGGCCUGAUCCCACUCCUGCCCUUUCUUCACUCUCCACUCACAACUCCUUCCUCAGUGUGGGAAGGACCAGAGGGUCCCCAGCAUCCAGCAGAAGGGCCCAUGGUUCCUGGCCAGCUGAUACUUGAGAAAAGGCCUGCUUAGAUGGUUGAACUCCCGAGGCCCCAACACACUCAUGCCAUCAUCUCCCAUUCCUGGCCCGACCCAGAGAUGCUGGCACUUCUGCCUCUGACUUUUUAGGUUAAAUAAAUUGGUUCCAGCCCCAG